AUAAGAUCCGGACACAAGUUUCAGAUAUCGUAAGCUGCAGGCAGUUAUCCAUUGUUUGGACAAAUGAUAGCUACUGUUAAGAGAGCGGAAUUAUGCAGCCUCUUCUUAUUUUGUUUACCUGCCUAAGCGAUAUGAAAACCAUGAUGUUAGUAUUUGCUAACACCAUCUUACUAAGCAUGCUUUAUCAACAUGUUGAGUGUUAUGGGCAGUUCUAUGGCGGGUCCAUGAGCUAUGUUAUGGAAAAACAACCUGACGGAAACCAACUGGUAACCAUUGAGCUUAUAACUGGUUGGGUUCUUGGGAAAGGCCCCUGUGGCUCAGGUUGUACUAAAUCUGAUAUUGGAAGAUCUACUCGUUUAACAAGACCAAAAAUGGUUUCAAACAAUCCAGACUACCUUGGUAAAUUUUCAAAGGAACAAAAAUCAAACGCUUCAACUGAACUAAUUUCUAUGGAUACAAGAGUAAAUUCCACAUACAAUGAAUCUGUAAUCGCUGUCAGUGAAAAGGGAAAAUGGGAACAAGAAAUAAUGCACUUCAGCGUUAUUAUGGAGAAAGAUAUACAAAGAAUGGAUAUCAU